AAAAAAUAAAACAAAUUGGAAGAGUAUCUUAAAUUCCACUGCACCCAAAGUGCCAUGACGAACUGUGGAAUACCUAUUAAAUUUCACUGUCAAGUUCAACCCAUUUUCUGAAGAUGGUUAGCCUAUAGGUCUGUAGGGGAGCGUGUAAAGAGAACAAAAGAGAAUAACUGAACUACUACGAUACUUAACUUUAGUUGGCAGUGGUGGGCUGACGACCACUUAGCACGUGCGCUCCCACGCAGUUGCACUCUGAAGUUCAUUCUGUCAGCGCGCACCAUCCAACGUCGCCUUCCCGCUUGUCGCUUUCUUGGCACUGAGACCUCAAAUUGGAUGGCUACAGAGAUGUAGCGAUCUCGUACAUUUGGAGCAGCUCUUGCGACCAACGCGUUUAACGCUCUUGGAGCCUUGAUCUGGAGCUUGGAAUGGACUCCACAAAGAUGACUUUGGACCGGAGCCCUCUGCCUCCCAAGACAAACUCACUCCAUUCCGUGGGUUUACCUGCCUGCUCACCCAAACGGCGCUUCAUAAAGCUGGGGAGAAAACCAAGUGAUGGCUCUUUACAGUCAGGCUCCUCUGGUUCCAGUACCAGGUCAGCUGACAGUGUGGGCGUGGACGUCAUCCGACAGCCAUCCAGGAGUCGUAUCCGCCGUCAUACCAACCGCUUGUCUGCUGUGUUCCAGCGAGGCUCCGCCCAUAACGCCACCGCUAUGGCCUUACCCGGGUUACCUGGCUUACCUAGCCAUGCUUGGAAGGAGUCGAAUGACAGAAUUUCUCCCGGGGAUGCAUCAAUGACAGACGACCCUGCUGAACUGUCCAAUCAGAUAACGGCACCAGGCAUUCUGAAGAUCUUUGGCAGUGAGAUCUGCCAGGGGGCAAACUACAAGAGCGUCCUGGCAACAACACACUCCAGUGCUAAGGAGCUGGUCAAAGAGGCACUGGAGAGGUACGGUCUGAACAAGGAAGAGGCGGAGUCGUAUGUUCUCUGCGACUCCAUUGGCUACGUGGGUGACCACCAGUGGAAGACGGAAUGCUUCCGGGUCGUCGGUGACAAUGAGAAGCCCCUCCUCCUGCAGUCACUAUGGAAACCCAGGGAGGGCUUGGCGAGGCGGUUUGAGAUCCAGAGGAGAGCCAGUGUGGAGGAAAAGAGAUCAAGAGACAAGGACACGGUCACUGCUGGCAUCAACGCCCAGGCUCGUAAACUCCAGAAGAGCCGCUCUCGAGUCACCUCUGCCCUGAUCGAGAGGAGGAGUGUGUAUGUGACCUCUACCCUAGAGAGGGGUGUGUGUGGGGCUUGUAACCAAAAGGACAGGGGCGGGAGGGUAUGUGGGGGCCAGAAUAAGUCUGAACGGGGGCCGGGUCUGUGGAGGAGCCAGAGUGAAGCAGACCUCUCACCCCAGUCCACAGAAACACAACAGAGACACCAACAGAACCCCACUGAGCCCCUUAGUCAGAACCCCAAUGGGUUUCACACUCCCAGUCAAGACGAGAACCACAAUCAGUGUCACAGUCAGGACCAUGAACAGAAUGUGGAACAGAAUCACAAAUUGAACCCCGAUAAGAACCUCAAACAGAGAGAUGAAGAGAGCUAUGUUGACGCCAAUGUUCCCCCUCUGGAGGACCCUGGAUCAGAGACUUACACAGAGCCCCUCUGUCCUUCCCCUGAGAUGGAGAGAGAGAGGGAGGAGACGGAGAGCAGUGACGAUAACGUAACACUUUACUCCAUUCACCCUCCCCAAGACUGCCCCUACCUACUGCUGCUACAGGGCUACAGCAACAGACAGGACUUUGUCAUCUACCUGCUGAACGGUUCAAGCAUUUUGAUUGGUCGAUGUGGUGGCGAAGACAAGGAGAGGUCAAAGGUUGACUUCCCGCUCUCUGCCCCCGACAUCCUGCCUCUUCACUGCUGCCUAUGUCGCCAUGAGCACAACGAUAAAGGUUCCACCGUCCGCCUCCGUCCCUUCCACAGUGCUAUGGUAACACGGAACGGGGAGACGUUGUCCGAAGAGGCAGAGCUUAGUCCAGGUGAUGUCAUCGGGAUGGGACGUCACUACCUAUUCUUGUUCAAGGACCCCACUGCCUGGGUUGUUAUGCAGAAGGUGAAGGACCCCACUUCUUCUCCCGAUCCUACAGGGGUUCUGCCCCAGGCCACUACACUCGCUACUAGUGAACCAGCACUCUGCAACACCUGUAUCUCAGCUAGUGGGACCAGAGAAAUAAGGUCUAGAAGGGCCACAGCUUGCCUAAACAACCCUGAGGGUCGCGGCCUGAACCUACUCUACGUUGUGGAGCACGAGGAUGCCGUCGUCAAGGAAAUCGUUGCCAUGGGGAGUGUCCAUAGAGACAAGCCGCCGUUGACUGUAGCAUUCCUGCUGAGUGUGUGUGUCGAACAUUCCGCCACACACCUCCAAACCUCCGACCUCCGCAGACUACUGCUGCUCAUAGCCAGCCAGGUCCAGAAUGCCAUGUGGGAACACACCAAGGAGCUUGCUGCUAAUCAACCAGAAGUUCUCUGUAGUGACCCAGAGGAGCAGCAGCCUCUCAACCUGGCAGAACUGGUCUCAGGCCUGCGUACCCUGGUGGUCUGGAUGUCCAACGCCCUGGAGCUGCUGUAUUACAUCCAACAACAGAUGCCCCAAACACUGGCCUGGAGGUCACACAGAGAACAAGGGGUGGAGGCAGAGGGAGAGGAACACAAUGACAAGGAGGAGGAGAGCAUGGCCCUGUUGGAGAUGAGGCUGUCGUGUGUGAGGUUGGCCAGUGAAGAAGCCAUGACAGUUCUGGAGGAAGUUAUCAUGUUGACCUUUCAGCAGUGUGUCUACUACCUCACCAAGACUCUGUACCCAAUUCUGCCUAGUUUGCUGGACAGUGACCCAUUCAGGGGGAGCAGUGGGCUGCUUCUCCGCGAGCAAAAUGAGCCGUUCCUGGAUAGCGGUGGUGUGCAGGUCCCUGGAGAGACAGACCAGGUCCUGGAGGUCCUGACAGAGACCAGCAGACUGCUACAGGACUGUCAGCUCCACCAUGAUAUCUCCUCUCAGCUCCUGGCCUAUCUCUUCUACUUCAUCAAUGCUUCACUGUUCAACACACUCAUGGAGAGAGGUUCAGAGGAUGAAUUCUACCAGUGGUCCAGAGGGGUCCAUAUCAGCGCUAACCUAGACCUGCUACUGGACUGGGCCCAAGGGUCUGGACUGGGUGACUUGGUUGUGGAACAUCUCCACACACUCUCCUCUGCUGUCAACCUACUGGCCACUCCAAGGGAACAACUAAUGCAGUCCUCCUGGGAGUCCCUGCGGUGUGCGUUCCCCAGUCUGAGUCCAGCCCAGCUCCACCACCUGCUGAGAGGCUACAGCCCAGCCACACCCUGGCCCCCACACUGGGCCCCUUCUGAUGAGGAUCAACUAGCUACACAGAACACUGCUGAUAUCCUGGAGAGUUUUGACAGCCACCCUCCCCUGGUGCUGCCCAGUUCUGGUUUCAGCCUGAGGCUUGGGGGAGAGGUGACAGACUCAGGCCUGGCUGGACAGCUCAGGAGGUUGCAGAAGUUUAUCAGCAACCUGUCUGUCAAAGAGUCUCCAGAGAACUUCAGUCAUAUGCACACGCAACAGGAUUAUGCUGUUCCCACGGAAGCCAAGCUGACAAAAAUGGCAACUCUCCCAAAGGCCUCCCUGGAGUCUCUUGAAUCCCCCCCCGUAGAGAAGGUCCUACCUCUGGACUCUCCCCCAUCACCCCCCUCUCAAUUAUCUACGCCCUCUCCCCUUCACCCUCCCCCCUUUCCCCCCCAGCAAAGCCCUUCUCCCCCAAGUGAUUUGAACUCUUGUGGGGCCCUACUGACCCAAAAGCUGAAGAGCUUGGAGCUCCAGUUCAGAGAGACAGACCUAAGCCCCCUCACCCAGAGGAGGUCUGCCCUGGACCCCUCCUGUCUCCUCACCCCUCCUAACACCCCCCACAGCCUGGAGCUGGUUGAACCAGAGACUGAGCAUCAGGAGGAUGAAGAUGUGUUUACUCUAGAGCUACAGAGAAGAGAUAGAGGACUGGGAUUGGCUCUGGUGGAUGCAAGGGACCAAUGGAAGGCAAACAACAAUAUGAGCAAGUAACCAUCCCAUCGGUCAUGCAGGGUUAAGUGGCCAAGCCCACGUGCCCUUACGACCAAGAGAAAGGAGGGAUUUUAUCAUCAACGUCCUCUUUGGUCAUGAGUGUCUUGUUUGGUCAUGACUGUCUUGUUUGGUCAUGACUGUCUUGUGUGCAACCCUAGUAACAGUUUGUGUUUUCCUACAGUAAGUGUUUCCUUCAAAAACUGACAUGUUACCAUCUGCACACAUGAGAACCUAUGAGGAAUGUAAGCAUGUUUUCACACAGGCAAUUUGCUAUGGUGGCCCAGGGUUUCCACAAUGUUUCAAAUGGCAAAUUGAAUCCAGUAGGUUACUGUGAAAUUGUUUGAGGCAUUAAAAUGUUUCAUUUGUUAUUUGCUGCCAGCUUAUCUGGCCACAGUUUGUCAUCCAUUGUUCCUAUGCUAGGUAACUUUAGCAUAGUACGUUUUACUAUCAGUAAAAUAAGCCCUCAUGCGGUUUGUUAGUACAGACUGCAAAUCUUACCCUUACGCCGGCUGUUGUUUUUUGAAAUUGCAGUUCCAUUCUAUCUGAAACGUGUACCUUGAAUGGGCAAGUCAAGGAAAGUUAAGUUGGGAUAUGGCUGGAUUUAGAAUUCAAAGGGAAUGCUAUCUAUACGUAAGCAUAAAAAUACAUUUUUUCUAAUUAAUAGUCUGUAUGGGCUAUCAGACUCUAGAUGCUAUGUAUUAGUACAUUUAAUACUGACUUGAGUUUAACAUUUUAAACAGAGUGCAUCCUGUGAGAAUCCAGUGCUCUGCAUAUUUAGCCCAGAAAUGUGUAUGUUUAAUACAAGAUGUUAUUUCACCUCUAGACUGCUGAUGUCUAUACAUUGGAUCGGGGCCAGACUACAGAAAAGGGCCACUAUAUCUUUAUGCAAUAAUAUUCAACAAACUGGACAAGUUAUGCAAGUUUGGGCUGCUACGUAAAGGGGGAUACUAGUCAGUUGUAGAACUGAAUGCAAUUCAACUGAAAUGUGUCUUCCGCAUUUAACCUAACCCCUCUGAAUCAGAAAGUUUAUUCAAGUUUAAAAUGUUAAAGCAUUGUAUGUGGGAAUUCAGUGCACUGCAUAUUAAGCCUCAGAUGUACUUAUGUUAAAUACAAGAUAUCAUUACACUUGUCUACUGAUGAUCUGAGCCAAUGUAGACUUGUAUAAUGUGUCAUUAUUAAUAUUAGAAAUCAAUUUGGCAAGGAAAGAAACAAAUCCAUACUAAAGGGCCACUACCUUGAUGCAAUAACACUUUCAACAAACUGGGCAGAUGCUAUGUAAAUAUCAGCUGCUAAGUAUAAGCACAUUGACUUGACUCAUUUAAAAUGUUAAACAACAAAGCAUGAGAGAAUUCAGUAUACUGCAUAUUCAGCCUCAGAAUUUCACGUGUUUAGGUACACCCUGCAUACCACUGCUGGCUUGCUUCUGAAGCUAAGCAGUGCUGGUCCUGGUCAGUCCCUGGAUGGGAGACCAGAUGCUUCUGGAAGUGGUGUUGGAGGGCCAGUAGGAGGCACUCUUUCCUCUGGUCUAAAAAAUAUCCCAAUGCCCCAGGGCAGUGAUUGGGGACACUGCCCUGUGUAGGGUGCUGUCUUUCGGAUGGGACGUUAAACGGGUGUCCUGACUCUCUGUGGUCAUUAAAGAUCCCAUGGCACUUGUUGUAAGAGUAGGGGUGUUAACCCCAGUGUCCUGGCUAAAUUCCCAAUCUGGCCAUCAAACCAUCACGGUCACCUAAUAAUCCCCAGUUUACAAUUGGCUCAUUCAUCCCCCUCUCCCCUGUAACUAUUCCCCAGGUUGUUGCUGCAAAUGAGAAUGUGUUCUCAGUCAACUUACCUGGUAAAAUAACAGAUAAAUUAAAUUUAAAAAACAAGAUAUGACACUUGUCUACUGGUAACUUGUAUUUUUCAUGCCAAAUCAAUCUUCAAUAGUAAGGACUCCUAAAAGUCUACAUUGGAUUAGGUCUAAUAAAACGUCUGAAUCUUUAAAUGAAGGACUUUUAUGCACCAGCACAAUAUCCCUUAAUUCUAAAAACAUUUGGUUCAUUUAAAACAAAGACACACAUUCAUGUGUUAGAUUUGUUUCUAAAACUUGCCUAAUCAGUUUGUGGUUGGUGUCUAUAUGCAUAACUUCCUGGGGCCCAGCCACCGAAUAUGUUAGUCGGACAACACAACCCAUCCUGGUCAUCCAAAGGAUAACCCAUGCUGUGACGAUUCGAUGCAUUGAUGCCUUUACCCUUGCCCACUGUGCACAUUGGCCCUGGGCGAGCAAGCUCCCUUCACAACUCUCUAGCCUGCAUGGGGCAUGUUGGAUUUGAUAGCCGACACUACAGUACAUUGUCUAGCUCCUCGUCGGCCAUUGAGAGGACUGAUCGAUCGUUCUUUCUCAUACGUCUGGCAACAGUGCGUUCUGACACACCAAGGACUUGUGCAAUGCUUUCUACUGGCAAAAACUGGGCAAACAGUUCCUGGAGCUGGUUCUAAGGUACAGUGUGUCUGGGCCUACCGGUUCGUCCUUGCUCCAGGUGUAGUGGCUCAUCUUAAGGUACAUCAACUACUCAACCUCUGACACGGUUCAGCAGCUCCAUCAAAGGUCCUAAAACAUAUUCAGGGAUGUGACUGACGUUAGCCACAACACUGAUGAAAGUGAGCUCUUGAUUGCAGGUGAAUUCCAAAAAGUCUAAAUCGAUUGGUGGGUAAUUGACCACCCGCAAGAGGCUGGUCUGAAGCCUCCAUUAAUGUCAUUUAUUUGUAGAACCCGAAGACUGUGACAAGGUUAUUAUUGAUGUCAGUUAAACUUGUGUUAGGCUACUUAGCUAGCUAACGUAGUUACUUUUUGACAACUCAUUAGAAAAACUAAUAACGGCAAUCAAUAACUUAUAUACCUAGGUACUGCAUGUGGGUCCUUGACUAGGGCGACCUUGUGGACAGUAAACGUUCUCCUUUGAGAUAUUUCAUCCUCCUUGCUAGCUAACCAUUACCAUGACUGUAAUUGGUAAUUCAAGUGGCUAGCUAGACAAGCUUACUCCUUGCACAACAAUGUGUCAUUUUGUCAGUGACGUGAGCUAACUAACUAGGUAACACUAGCUAGCUAUCAUAUGCCACGAGCCGAGAUCGACUGUGUGUAAGCUAGUUAGUUAGCUAGCUACAUGUCAUUUGCUGAUGAAAUUUCACAUUUACCUUUAACGCAUGGCUUUUCUUACGAUCCUAAUAAUUUACGUAUGGAUUUUCUUUACAUAUGGAUCCUAAUGAAAUGUACGUUCAACCUUUUGGCACCUAUUUGGCUCCAUUACAACUCUCCAGUGCUCCAAUGUGCAUGCUUGCAGCAAGGUAAUACUGUAUGUAUUUUUAUAAACUGGGAUGUUGGAGCCCUGAAUGCUGUUUGGUUGAAAGCCUUGGUAUAUCAUUUCAGUUGAAUGUAUUCAGUAUAACAACUGACUAGGUAUCCCCUUUCCCUUACCUCGUGCCUUAUUUGUGGGGUCAAUUUCACGAGAUAUGUAUUGAAUUCAAAAUAAAAAUAAAUCGUGAACAUGAAAAA